AGUGGCUCGUCAGAACAGCAAAGAUGUCCGCGCUCAUUUGAAAACCUAUUAUAGCCACAUUUCAGCCUUUCCAGCAAAGCCGCCGGCUCUUUUUUUAUGUAAGCGCAGUUGAAGACUUUGUACCUAAACCAGUUUUACUGUAAGGGAAAACGAGGACUCCGCGACAAGGGCCAGCUUAUUCCUUAUUAGCUGAAAUAAUGCUGAAAUCUGGAACUCAUGUCGGAAGUCGUGUAUGAAGAGACAGUCACGAUGAUUGCCGCAGGGGAUUUGCAGUCGUUUGUCCCAUUUGGCCGUGACCACUGCAGGAACCAUCCGAAUGCCUUCAACCUGCAGCUUAGGGAACUUCAGCCAGCCUCCGAGCUCUGGUGCUCAGAUGGUGCUGCUGGGUUGGUGGGGUCCCUGCAGGAAGUCAGUCUGCAAGAAAGAGAGAGGGAAUCCUGGCAGCUCAGGAAAGGCUGCACAGGAGUUAAUGAGGAUGAAGCAGAGUUUGAGGAAGAGCUUUAUACCGCAGGGAAUGUGGUUGUUUGGAGCCGGGGCAGUCGUACACAAGCCUCCAGUGUGUACAAGGCCUUCACUGUGGACAGCCCAGUACAGCAGGCUUUAUGGUGUAACUUUGCUGUUCGUCAGUGCAGCAGUGACGAGGAAGAACUGGAGAAAACCGUUUGUAUUGUCCAGAGUAGCUGCAUUAAUGUCCACACUGUGACUGGGAAAGAUUUCAUCUCACCACUACCUUUUCAGGUUUCAAAUGUGUGGGCAACCAAGUUUGGACUUCUGCUUGAAAGGAAAAAUACUGCAAAUGACUCACAACCAAAUCUCCCUGGGGAACUUCUUCCAAUAGUGUUCAGCAUGCUACAUCCUUUAGAUGAGAUUGCACCAAUUGUAUGCAAACCUUCAGGGCUCUUCAGUAGCUCUCGUGUACAGUACGUGUCUGACUCCAACAUGAAGAUAGUGUUCACCUGCUGCGAGCCUUCUCUAGUCAUAUCAUACGACACUGUACAGGGAACACACACAGUGUGGGCCCUGCGUAGAGUCACACAUGAUGAGUGCUCCAUGGUCCUGAGUUGUCCUGCAGAACCAGAUGGCACGCCGCUGGGUUUAAUGGCUUCAGGCUUUCUAACAUCUCAUUUGCGUAACUCCUCCCAUCUUGACUCUCCGGGUAAAAGUGGAGCAACUGGGCUUGGUUCUGGAGCAGGAAUAAGCUCUCCUCUGCACUACAGUGCUCUGCACAGUCACCAGGGCAGGUUCAUGACCUCUUCACCAGGAGCACACUCUCGAGUUCAUUCCCCAACUAUAUCCAACAUGGCCGCCUUAAGUCGGGCCCACUCUCCGGGCAUGGCUGCUCCGUCCUUUACAGGCGCGGCUCGUUUCAAUACGUCCUUUCACAGCCCUCCCCCAAGGGGGCACCACAGUUUAUUACCAUCUCCUAACAGCACUGCAAACGACAGCAUCCUAAUGCCGGAGAUGGAGCCCAUUAAACCGGACCUCUGUGUGGAGCAGCUGUGGACUGAGACGGUCCCCGCUGGCUGUCACAGGGAGAUGAGCAGCCAGGCAUCUAAAGUGUUCCUGACCUCUGACCUCUGUGAGAACAACUACCUGUGUUUCCUCGUGGAAUCUCAUCAACACCUCAGAUGUGUAAAGAUUAUUGAGAGCAAUUAUACCAGUCAGCUCAUCUUCCCCUCUGUCACAACCAUCCCUGCCAAAGAUGCCGCACCUCUGCAGAAUAUAAAUGCCAUGUUGGUUCUGGAGGCUUGUGGCAGUCUGGUUCUUUACACAGGAACUACAAGGGUCAGUAAAGUGCAUAUCCCCAACUUGCUGUCUACCCCCUUCAGCCUGACCAACCAGCUCCAUCAUUUUAAUACGCCCUUGGAGAUAGUGAGCACGCCUGCUAAUGCAAGCAGCAGGCACAUCCCCAGACUCAGUGAGGAGGCAAUGCCCUCACCCGUGUCAGAGCUGAAGGGUUUAAACAGCAAACACCACGAGGCUUCAUUCUUUGAAGAUUACGCGUUUCAGCAAGCCACUCCCUUCAUCCACACUCUACGAGACCCUGUCUGUAACCGAGUCACCCUGGAGCUAAGCAGUGGCGUGAUGCUCAGGGUUUCUAUUCCAGAGAUAGCUACAUCUGAGCUGGUGAGGAAGUGCCUUGAAGCGAUUCGGUUCAUCCUGCCUAAAGAAGUUGCCAUGAAGGUUCUGGUAAAGUGGUACAACAUCUACAAUGCACCUGGCGGUCCCAGCGUUCACGCAGAGUGGAGCCAGUUUGUCACCUGUUUCAUGACACUGAUGGGCUACAACACCGAGCGCCUGGCCUGGACUCGACACCUACAGUUUGAAGUUCCUCUCUCUCCGGUGAUUGCUGCCAAAAAGGCUCGUCCCUCUGACGGAGGAUCUGAUGAGGACUGGGACUACCUAUUAGCAUCUCAUUAUCACCGUCAGAUAAAUUCUCAGCCUGUCUGUGGAUCAGUGGACUCAGGGGCUGCCAAUAAUGAUGUCAAUACUGAAAAAGAGGACCCAUCCUGUCAGGAGGCUUCAUCCUUCAGUUCAUCUUUGAAACUUGAGAGUUCGGCACCUUUGUUCCCACACAUUCCUGCCCUUUUCUAUGUUCUCCAUCUGCUCUACCAAGAGCUGCAGCUGGACGAGCUGCACAGGGCAAGAGCUUCAUCACUGGUGUGUCUGCUGCAGCAGUUGGCCAGAGACCUUCAGCUGGAUGAAUAUGUUGAUCAGUACUGGCGAGACUUCCCUUCGUUAAUUAGUUACUUUACUGAAAGCUGCGUCAUAGACCAGGCUGUGAUUGGUCAGAUGCAGCGGCCUACCUUCCUCAGCUCCAAUCCUCCCUGUGUGUUCAGUUGGCUCAGCAGCUGCUUGAGAGGGGAAGAAAGCUCCCCAUUCCCUUACCUACCUGGCAUCUGUCAGAGGACCAAGCUGCUGGUUUUGAGUUAUGCACUCUACAUCAUUGGCGACGAUAAUGCUACAUCCACACAUGUAUCAAAGUACCUCUUCAAGCUCUCAGCAGGCCAGAGAUCCUGUGCUAGUGAGCCAAACUUUAGAAGACAGAGCAGUGUGAAAGUCAAGUUUUCCAGCGAGAGUCUAGCUGAGCAGCUGGUGGUUUGGCUUACCUCACAGGGCUUUACAUUGAAGGACUUGGAGUCGGUCCCGUUCGGUGUGGCUUUGCCAAUCAGAGAGGCAAUAUAUCGAUGUCGUGAGCAGCCCUCCUCUGACUGGCCGGAGGCAGUCUGUCUUCUGAUUGGCCGACAGGACCUGACCAAACAAGCCCAUAAGAUGACCCUGGCCAAAAACAAAGCUUCUGUAGGUUCAGGAUUCUCCCUGGUCCCGCCUGCAUCUACAGACGCAGAUGAGGAGGAAGAUGGGAUGUCAGACUUUAUUCAUGAGGUUACAGGACUGAUCUGGAGUCAGGAUUUAAGGGUUCAGGAAGUCAGAAGGUUACUCCAGAGCUCCAGGCCGGUCCGGGUCAGCGUUGUCCAGCUACCGGAAGUUUCAGACCACGAGUAUAUAGAGGAGAGAGAAAACAAGCUUUUGCAGUUAUGUCAGAGAACAAUGGCGCCAGUUGGUAGAGGCCUCUUCACGCUUUUUUCCUAUCAUCCAGUACCGACUGAACCUUUGCCUGUACCAAAACUGAAUCUUACUGGCCGUGCACCCCCCAGGAAUGCUAUGGUGGACCUCAACAGCGGGAAUAUUGAUGUUCCUCCCAAUAUGACCAAUUGGCCCAGUUUCCAUAACGGAGUUGCAGCAGGACUUAAAAUAGCUCCUGCUUCACAGGUCGACUCUGCCUGGAUCGCAUACAACAAGCCAAAGAGUCCUGAGCUGGCUAACGAGUACGCAGGUUUUCUCAUGGCCCUCGGCCUCAACGGACACCUCACUAAGCUGGCUACGCUCAACAUACAUGACUACCUCACCAAGGGCCAUGAGAUGACCAGUAUUGGACUCCUACUGGGAGUUUCUUCUGCUAAACUAGGCACCAUGGACAUGUCAAUCACCAGACUGCUCAGCAUUCACAUUCCUGCUCUUCUCCCACCCACCUCCACUGAGCUGGAUGUGCCACAUAAUGUUCAGGUUGCAGCUGUCAUUGGCAUUGGGCUGGUGUACCAGGGAACAGGACACAGACACAACGCUGAGGUCUUGCUGUCUGAAAUAGGCCGACCCCCAGGUCCAGAGAUGGAGUACUGCACUGACAGGGAGUCCUAUUCACUGGCUGCUGGACUCGCACUUGGCAUGGUUUGUCUCGGGCAUGGCAGUAACCUGAUUGGGAUGACAGACCUCAACGUACCUGAACAGCUUUACCAAUACAUGGUUGGGGGCCAUCGGAGGGCUCAGGCAGGGGCUAACAGGGAAAGGCACAAGUCUCCCAGCUACCAGAUCAAGGAGGGUGAUACGAUAAAUGUAGAUGUGACUUGUCCUGGAGCCACGCUGGCCCUGGCCAUGAUCUACCUCAAGACCAACAACAGGUCGAUUGCUGAUUGGCUGAAACCUCCAGAUACUUGGUUUCUGCUGGACUUCAUUAAGCCCGAGUUUCUGCUGCUGAGGACUCUCGCCCGGUGCAUUAUCAUGUGGGAUGAUAUCCUGCCUAACACGGAGUGGGUUAAGAGUAACAUACCCCAGAUCAUGAGGGGUAAUUUUGACCCCUCAGAAGACAUUAAUAUUGACACAAUGGCUCAAGCCCAAGACUACAUCACAGCUGGGGCUUGUAUGGCUUUAGGUUUACGCUUUGCCGGCUCUGCCAAUUCUGAUGCCUUCGACUGCCUUUAUGAGUUCGCCAGGUCCUUCAUGAGGAUAAUGUCUUUUGCCGGUACAGCCACUGUGGGUGCUCAGAUGGGUUAUUAUAACCUACAAACCUGCCUGUCAAUGAUUCUGCUGGCGAUGUCUAUGGUCAUGGCCGGCACGGGGAACCUGAAGGUCCUGCAGCUCUGUCGCUUCUUUCACAAGAGAACCGGUGGCGAGAUGAACUACGGCUUUCACAUGGCACAUCACAUGGCUCUUGGCCUUCUCUUCCUGGGGGGUGGCAGAUACACCCUCAGCACUUCCAACUCAGCCAUCGCUGCCUUACUGUGCGCCUUGUACCCUCACUUUCCUGCUCACAGCACAGACAACCGCUACCACCUCCAGGCUCUGCGGCAUCUGGCCGUGCUGGCUGCAGAACCCCGGCUUCUGGUUCCUGUGGACGUAGACUCUCUGAAGCCUUGCUAUGCGCUGUUAGAAGUCACUUUUAAGGGAUCUAAGUGGUAUAAGGAGACAACAGUAGAACUGAUGGCUCCUACACUCCUUCCUGAGCUUCACCUUCUCAAAGAGGUAAAAGUGAAGGGGCCUCGGUACUGGGAACUGUCUCUAGAUCUCAGCAAAGAAACUCAGCAUCUAAACUCCAUUCUGAUCAGAGAUGGUGUGUUGUAUGUGAAAUUACGGGCCGGACAGCUGCCCUACAAAGAUGACCCUCAAGGUUGGAAGAGCCUGCUGGCCACAACCGUAAACCACCGAAGUUCUGGAGUCACAGCUUUCAAGCCUGAAGCCAUCUCUACUUUCACCUCAGAGCCUGCCCUCAUCUCCUUUGCUGAAUUCUUCUGCAAAACCUUUGAAGGACUAAAAUCUAGCGAGGAUAGCCUUGUGUUGUUCUCAGCUAUGCUGUACGAGUGCGUCACACAGGAGUGUCCAGAGAUGCUGCCGACGUAUAUCGCUAUAGAACAGGUGGUUGGGGCCCUACGUCAAGGUGAGCUCCAGCAGACGUUCCCCUUGUGGCAGCUGCGUCUGGUGGUGGAGCUGUGGGACAGCAGGAUGCUGCGAGUUCGUGCAAACAAACAUGACACCUUGUUGACCUCAGAGUUUCUUCCUGUCAUGAAGAAUGCAGUGGAUUUAGCUCUGGACAACUGGCUCAAAGAUCACAGCUCAGUGCUUAGAUCCUACAUGAGGGGAGAGGUUCUAUCCAGGGAAUCCCAGUCCAUCAUGUUGGCCUGCUUUCUGGUGUACCGCUCCAUCCCGUGCUUCAAAAACACAAACACACAUCUGCAGGGCUGCAGCUCUUUAGCAGAUUUAUUAUUGCGUAGCAGCCGGCUGGGCAUCCCUCUGAGAGACCUGUUGAGACUGGUACCCAUCCUUCUGAGUCCUGCAUCUGGAUCACAGUCACUGCUGUUUCCUCUGCAAGCAUUUUCAUCCUGAUGGUUCACAGCCAGUCCGUUUGAAUCUAUGGGAAGCAGUUGAGGUUUGUGCUGUAAGACGAGGUGGGAAAAACAGCAGCUGACGUGUACUGCAAGUGUCCAGCUGCGACGCCUGAAGUGUUAAAGUGGAGAAAAAAAAUGGACAACAGACUUUGUUUCAUGGACAACCUCUGCUAACUUUAACAACUAAUGUUAUUUUUUAUACGCUGGUUUUGUAUGUAGAAUUUUUUACAGCAUAACAGGUAAAACUGCAGUUCUCCUGCAGUGUAUGUGCCAAUUUUGUGGUGCAACUAAUCUAUUGUGGAACUGGGUGAGUUGUUCAGGGGUCCAGGAGCAGCAGCUUUGAACUAAGAAGAUCAUAAAUGAACCGAAAACCAAAAGUAAAGCAUGACAAUAAAAGAGAAAAAUACCUGUAAA